AUGGAGCACCGUCUCUUUGUACUCCUGCUUCUCACAGGAGUCCUUCCCUUCGUCCUGUCUGUCACUCGUAAGUACUAUCUGAUCCAGCAGGGGAAAACAUGGAGUGAUGCUCAGGCUUACUGCCGAGCCACAUACACUGACCUGGCUACCAUCAACAGUACCGACGACAUGGUCAAACUUCAGGAUGAAGCAAAGACACAACAAUUCAAUUCCAGUGCUUGGAUUGGACUGUACACUAACAUCAACAGCUGGCACUGGUCCCUCAAAAACGAGCCGCUGGGAAAUUUUACACCCUGGUCAUACUCAGAGCCUAACAACCUGGUGGGAAAUGAAGGAUGCAUCAUCAAGAAUGCAGGGAGAUGGUCUGAUGCACCAUGUGACUAUAUGAGUUUUUUUGUGUGUUUUGAUGGUGAGUAA